UAAAAUUAUUUUCACAAAUUAAAAUUAAAAUUUUUUCCGUCUUCGCAUUAUAUGCGCCAUCUUGUUCUCGAAUUUCAUUAUUUGUCAAAUUGACACCACAUGUGACAGCCAUAUGUUCUGUGUGUGUGUGUGUGUGUGUGCAUAGGACACGUAUAUUUUCAUUUACAAGCUGUCAAAAUUUUAUAAAUUCAUUGUUGUUGGUUCGAAGCAGACAGUAAUUGGCAAUAUAUUUGAAAAAAAAUUCUUUAAGUGAAACUAAAUAAUUAAAUUAUAAGUCGCGUAAAAUAGUUAAAAUGGCUGACGCCAGUCAAUGGUACAAGCAAAUUCCGCGUUUCACACGCUACUGGCUGACAGCAACAGUUGCUUUGAGUUUAUUGUGCCGCUUCGAGAUUGUACCCUCACGUUGGAGUUAUUUGUCGCGUUACAAUGUUUGGAACCAAAUGCAAUUAUGGCGCUGCGUUACCAGUCUUUUUGUAUAUCCGCUAACACCGUCAACAGGAUUCCAUUUCCUGAUCAAUUGUUAUUUCAUCACACAAUAUGGUGCGCGCAUGGAGAAAGAUCAGUUUGGUCGUAGUCCUGCUGAUUAUUUGUAUUUACAAAUUAUAGUCGCAGCACUGGCUGUUGUUGGAGGAUUGCUAUUCAAUGUGCCAUUUUUAAUGGAUAUCAUAGUAGUAGCAAUAACUUACAUUUGGUGCCAAUUAAACAAGGAUGUUAUUGUUAAUUUCUGGUUUGGAACGCGUUUUAAGGCCAUAUACUUACCAUGGAUACUUGCUGCUAUGGAAUUAGUAUUUCAACAUAACUUUUCUUCGCUCAUCGGUAUUUUUAUUGGACAUUUUUAUUAUUUCUUCAAAUUUCAAUAUCCGCAAGAUUUGGGUGGACCUACAAUAUUGGACACUCCAAAUUUAAUUAAGCAAUAUGUGCCCGAUAUUAGUGGUGGCUACAGUGGUUUCGGUGCGCCGCCAGCAACGCGUGCUCAAGGUCAACGUCCAGCGGCGGGUAAUGCAGUGUUUGGAAAUUCGUGGGGUCGUGGAAACACAUUAGGGCAUUAAAUUUAUCUUGCUGAUAAUUUAAUUAGUUUUUAUUUAUUAAAAAAAAUUUUUUCCAAUGAAGAUGACUAGCAUCAAUGUAACUCCUUUUAGAUAUUAUACUCAAGUAAAUAUAUGAUUAUCAUUGUGUAAAAGGCACCUCAAACGGUGAAUAAUAGAGCAUUUUUUUAAAUGAAUUUUACUUAUAGCCUGUUCGUACUAGAAGGUUUUAAGACACGCUUUACGUGCGUUUUGCAAUGAAAUGUCAUGGCCUAUUCAAACUAGCUGCAGCUUACUGCUUGAAAACUGUUUCUAAUGGAAGAUAGAAAGACUAUGAUAAUAACUCGAAAAUAGUUGCCUUACUUCAACUGAUACAUAUACAUAUGCAUUAUGGUUUCAUACGAUAACGGCUGAAUUAGUUGUCAUAGACACAGACGAACUUAGAAAAUAUAAACGACAAAACGGAGGAAAAGUGAUUAGCUAUGACAGAGUAGACAAACCAAGACAAUUAAAAAAAAAACUCAAACAACACAAGUUUAAUCCGAUCACCAAAUACUGCACACACACACACACACACACACGAAAAUACAAUGCAAUUGCUAAAUGUUUGUUUCCGCUGAUACAAGAUUCACGUCGGAAGCCAAAACUUAAUUAAAUUUUUAUAUUUCCGUGUUUUCCAUAAGCUGGAGCGGGUCCAUUCAUUUCUUAUAGCACGACUUAUUCAGCCUUAACACAAAACAGAAUUUCACAAUUAAAGAUAUUUUCAAUCGUCAAGCUACUACUAGUGUCAACAGGGGCUUUGACUCUAUACAAGUUCUUGUUCAUACAGUAACGUCAGUUUUGAAGGAACACUCAUUAAUUGCAGCGCUUAAAAAAAGUCACUAAACCACGCGAUUUAUGAGCGUUUUGAUUACAUUUUAAAGUACACAUAAGCUCAUCAUUUCAGUGUGAACAGGCACAAUUGCAAAACGCUCGUGAAACGCUGGAUUGAAAGCACGCAAUGUAAACAAGACCUUAUCAUUAGAAACUAAAAUAUCACUAAGAAAUAUUGUAAAUAAGCUAAUGUACUGAACUUUAAUUAAUAAUAUUAACCUAAUAUUACAUUUACACUGAAAUUUUUACACAGAAAUACGUUCACAUAUUGGUAUACCACAUCUCAUUAGUACAAACGAUAUAUUUUGUACAAAUGGGCGGCGAAUGAGAAUGGAUGUACCGUACACUACUUAUAUAAAAAGCUGUUUUAUAGCUUGUUUUGAUACUCUGACAG